AUGUCAACUAUCGAUAAACUUCUCAAAGUGCACCAAGAUUUGUUUUUGCAAUCAAUUUCUCAUCCCUUGACAAAUGAAUUAUGUGAAGGAACUCUUGCUGAUUAUAAAUUAUUCACCUAUUUAAAUCAAGAUCUUAAAUUUUUCCAAAUUGGACUCAAUUUAUUUGGUAAAACUUUAGCAUAUUGUGAUGAUCCGAAAUCAGCAAUCAUUUUGGGGAAACAAAUUGGAUUUGUAUCUACUGAUGAAAAUGAUUAUUUUAUCAAGACUUUAAAAGAACUUGAACAAAAUGAAGAUUUGAUCAAAGUGGUGAUAAAUUUAAAAGAAGAAAAUUUGACACUUGUCAAAGUUCAACAAUAUAUUAAAUAUUUACAAUAUUUAACUUUUGAAUCCAAUUCUUAUGUUGAAAUCAUUACUUUUAUGUAUACUAUGGAAAAAGUAUAUCUUGGUUGGGCUGAAUACAAUAUUGCCAGAAAAGCAAUUCCAUCUGAUUUACCUUAUAAAUAUCAAGAAUGGAUAAAUUUACAUUAUGGUCUUGAUUUUACUAAAUGGGUUCAAUUUUUGCACAAUGAAGUUGAAAGAGUGGUUAAAACUAAGGAAGAUUUUAAUAUUUGUGAAAAAUCAUUUGUAAAAUGUCUUGAAUUGGAAAUUGACUUUUUCCAAGCUUGUUAUGAAUAUCAAGAAAAUUAA